GCCUGACUCACAACAACCAAUGUCGAAUCGCCAGCGCAAGAUCAUGGAGCGUCAGGCUGAGCGUAAUAGAGAGAUGGCUGCCUUAAAACAAGCCCAAACUAGAACACCUUUUCGUGAAGCAGAACUUCAGUUUCUUUCACGUCAUCCGCCACCAGACUACUCCAAAGCUCUGAACUUUCGACAACCAGCUGAAAUCUUGCUUCAAGAUAAUAAGAUCAAGCGAGUGCUGCUUAAAAAGCAGAUGGGCCAAUAUUCAAAUUUGUUUGGCGUCAAGGAAGAUCAAAGUAUGGAUGCAGAUUCAUUGGAAUAUGCAUAUCUUCACGAUGAUCAUCCAGGUCUAAUCUACAUACCAAAUGUAUUUACACCUUCAGCCCAAAGAAAACUCAUCAAAUCGUGCCUCAAGGAAUAUUCGAGACACCCCAAUAAGAGCAAUCUCGACACACAUUAUUUAGUGCCUAAUAGUGGACUGUGGGACCUCCACGAGGAUGUUUACACAGGAAAGCGAUCCCUCAACGACCAUUAUGUAUAUGUUCAGCGUAAGGCAACCACAGAUGAGCAUGCUAGCGGCUAUGGAUCCGAGGAUGACAAUGUUGAUAGUGCUGAUAAUAAUGGGAGCAGAGCUGGAGUAGCAGAUCAAAAUGAAAACGAAAAUAAAAAUAGGAACAGAGACAGAAAUGGCCAAGGAAGUGAAUGUGAAGACCCUCAAUCUGGCAACAAAAGUAACAUUAACAACAUCAACAAUAGUAAUGAUCAAGUAGAGAAGCUCAAUGAUAUUCAACAUUUCAAGUCUAGAGGCAAAACUAAAUCAAAACAAUCUCAACCUUCUGUCCGAACAUUGGUCCCUAUCAUCGAUGGAACCCCCUCAGUUCCAGAAGACAUGACAAAGGAUGAUCCAGAACCAUCUGCACAAGUGCCUAUAUUGCCACCAGGCCAGCUCGUCCGAAAGAUGCGCUGGGUUACUUUGGGCUAUCAGUACCACUGGCCUUCUAAAACUUACCAUUUUGAUCAGAGUGCUCCCUUCCCAUCUGAACUUUGUACUCUAUCCAAAGCAGUGGUUGAAGCUAUCGAUGGGGUUAGCCCUUAUCCAUAUAGCGCGACCGAUUUUGUGGCAGAGGCUGGUGUGAUCAAUUACUAUCAACUCAAAGACCGUUUAAUGGGACAUGUUGACCGUAGUGAGUUAAACAAGGAUGCGCCUCUUGUGUCAUUUAGUUUUGGGCACUCUUGUAUAUAUCUGCUUGGUGGGCCUACACGUGAAAGGUUCCCUACACCAAUUCUUCUCCAGAGUGGAGAUAUACUUGUAAUGACUGGACCAUGCCGAUCUGCAUUUCAUGGUGUACCCAGGAUCAUCGAAAACACCCUUCCACAAUAUCUCCAGUCUCGUAUUGAUGAUCCGGACUGGGAUAUUUAUGCUGAAUAUCUUGCGGAAGCACGUAUCAAUCUCAACAUCCGCCAAGUAUACCCACCUAAGCGAUCAGAAGAGACAUUUCCACCAUCUAUCUUAUAAUUUGAGCCUAACGAGUCUUUCAAAUCCUCACUUGUUAUUGUAUUGUAAAAUAUAUUACAUAGUCAGAUCAAUAUCUCUUGAUGCAGAAACUAUUACAAGUAC